CUUUUUCAAGAUCUCUCUCUCUCUCUCUCCUCUCUCUCUCACCCCGUCGUGUUUCGGCUUCUCUUGAGCUCUCCUCUCCGUUCCUCCCCUCGACUCUCCUCUCCAAAUUUUUCCUCCCGCAAUGAAGCUCGUGCGCCGUGAUUUAAUCCGCGGCGGCCCGGGCUCCGUUAAGAUCGUGCCGGAGGAAGAAGACGAUAUGUGGCACGCCUACAAUCUCAUCGCCGUCGGCGACACUGUCGAGGCAGUAACCGUCAGAAAAGUUCUAAGGGAGAUGGUUUCCGGAGGCCGGGAUGCCGAACGCGUAAGGAUGAAGCUAGAAGUCAAAGUCGAGGAUGUUGAUUAUGAUAAGGUGGGGUCGGUUUUGCGUAUACGUGGCAAGAAUCUCACAGAGAGCGAGCAUGUGAAGAUUGGCCAAUUUCAUACUUUAGAGAUCGAGUCGCAUAGACCUUUCGUUCUACGAAAGAAUGUUUGGGAUUCGAUGGCGCUUGAUGUUCUUCAGCAGGCAUGUGAUCCUGCUGCAAGUGCUGAUCUGGCUGUUAUUCUGAUGCAAGAAGGACUAGCCCAUCUGCUUCUCGUUGGCAAGAGCAUAACAGCAACCCGAUCUCGUAUUGAAACAUCUAUUCCUCGGAAACAUGGGCCUGCGGUUGCUGGUUAUGAAUCGGCUCUGAAGAAGUUCUUUGAGAAUGUUUUACAGGCUGUCGUGAAGCAUAUCGAUUUUAAAAUUGUUCAAUGUGUGGUCAUUGCAAGCCCUGGAUUUACCAAGGACCAAUUUCGUGAUUAUUUACUUUUGGAAGCGGAACGGCGAGAAAUUAGGUCAAUCAUUGAGAACAAAUCACGGAUAGUUCUUGCACAUUCAACCUCUGGUUACAAGCACAGUUUGAAGGAGGUGUUGGAUACCCCAAGUGUAAUGUCCUUGAUAAAAGAUACAAAGGCAGCUAAGGAGGUCCAAGCUUUGAAAGAUUUCUUCACUAUGCUUUCAAAUGACUCAGCUCGUGCAUGUUACGGACCUAGGCAUGUCGAGAUUGCGCAUGAGAGGAUGGCUAUUCAAACUCUUUUAAUAAUAGAUACUCUCUUCAGAAAUUCGGAUGUUGCUACACGGCAAAAGUACGUCAAUUUGGUAGAGUCAGUUAAGGAUUCUGGUGGCACGGUGCAUAUAUUUUCUUCUAUGCAUGUUUCUGGGGAGCAGCUGGCGCAGAUAACAGGAAUUGCUGCUAUUCUUCGUUUCCCGCUGCCAGAUUUGGAAGACAUUGAAAUGUGAUGAGGAAAAUUCUUGUAAAGCUAAUUGAGCGCUCUUCGGAAUGUUCCAACUUGGUUAUGUGCGCCGGUGAAGCUUAUUUAUUCAGAGAUGCAAUUAACCCUAGAAUCAUCCACUCGUCGUCUUAUGGCAAUGCUGUAAAUUACCUGUAAUUUAAUAUAUUUUUAUUACAAUUUUUGCAAGAAGCUGCGGGAAUAAGAAAGUAGGGCUUAUUUUAAGUACCGCAGCUAAUUAUUCUUUUUCUUGAAUCUUAAUAAGUGUAUGUCAUGGAUAAGUAUGUGUUCUAAUGUUAUGUUUCUUUCAA